UUAAAGUUUGAGGGUCCUGAAUUUCCUAUAACCUACUCCUGGAGUGGCCUAGCCUACUGCGUAGAACUGACAUGAAGAAUUCUCUUGCGUCAAGACUACAGGCAAAUUCGCCGGCAUCUGUUCCCAAAGUCAUCAUCUUGGUGGGAUUGCUACAAGUUGUGACUUGCGUCGUAGUUGUAUUACAUCUAACGGGACACAUUCAGACACAUGGGGCUGACAAAAGCCCUGCCCAAGCGGAGUCUUUUGUAGAGCUCCAUCAAAAGCAGCAACUCAGAUCUCUCAAGAGAUCUAGAAAUAGGACCCCAGUAGCUCAUCUACCGAUAAAUCCAUCAAGCACACACACACAGAGAGAGGUGCGGGCCACCUUGAUCUACUGGAACGCUGAACAGGGAUUCCUCUUCCAGUUCAGAUACCAUGACGGGCGGAUCCUGGUUCAAAAACCAGGCCUGUACUACGUCUACACCAAAACCUGUUUCCGUUACUACGACGAGCUGGAGCCAGGCCUCACGUCCCACCUGCGGGGAUAUCCCUCGGACCGUCGUCUGGCGGCCACUUCCAGCCCUGUCCAGCUGAUCCAGUAUGUCUUCCAUGAGCGGCCCAGUCAUGGCGCCCCCGUCAGGCCAACGGUGAUCAUGAAAAGUGGGAGUACACAGCACUGGAGGGUCGGGGGUUACCACAUGUACUGCCAGCAGCAGGGCCGCACUGUCGCACUGAGGACUGGAGAUGGCCUGUUUGUCCGGGUGUCCAACUCCUGGAUGCUCGAUCCUGAGGCAGAGGGGAGUUACUUUGGGGUCUUUAGGGUAAGCCAUUGAAGUACAGUGUAUAGAAUGUAGGUAGGUAGGUAGAUGGAUAGGUAAUGAGAGAGAAAGAGAAAGAGAGCGAAAGCAAAGCUGACAAAGACAGGUAGACAGGUGAUUAUGUGUGGUCUCUGAAAGUCUUUUGUCAUAGAGGCUUGUGUCAUGUCAAAGCUUAUAGGCUUGUGUCAUGUCAAAGCUUAUAGCUAUACUUUAUAUUUCUAACCUCCUAAGCAGGGGUGUAGUGGAUGCUAAACGCAAGUAAACAUAGUUUAUCCAC